AUGGGGGGAUCCCCGGGCUGUGUGUGGGUGGCUGUAGAUCCCAGCAGAUCCCAGUUGAUCCCAUCAGAUCCCAGUGGACCCCACUGGAUCCCCUCUCCCCAGGUCUCAGCGCUGCGUUUCGGGAAGGAGGUCGACAGCCGCUGCCUGGCCCUGACGGCCUCGUACCUGCGGGACCCCCCCGAGGGACCCCGGCCCAGCUGCUCCUUCUUCCAGGAGUUCGAGGCCCGGGGCCGGCAGAGCCCCCUCCCCUUCGGGGUUCACAACCUGGACGAUCUCCGGGCGCUCGGGCGCCAGCGCGGCCUCUGCCCCUACUUCAUGGCCAGGAGCUCGCUGGCCCACGCCAACGUGGUGGUGUACAGCUACCAUUACCUGCUGGACCCCAAGAUCGCGGGGCUGGUGUCGGCCGAGCUGGCGCGCUCCUCGGUCGUGGUGUUCGACGAGGCGCACAACAUCGACAACGUUUGCAUCGAGGCCAUGGGAGUGACCAUCACCCGCCGGACGCUUGACCGCUGCCAGGCCAACGUGGCCGCGCUGCAGAGCCACGUCCAGCGGAUCAAGGAGUCGGACUCGCGCCGCCUGGCCGAGGAGUACCGGCGCCUGGUGCAGGGGCUGCGCGAGGCCGGCGCCGCCCGCGAGUCCGACCUGUUCCUGGGGAACCCCGUGCUGCCCGACGAGAUCCUGCAGG